UUCGUUCUUCACUUCACUGGCGUUCUAGACGUGUGCUCGGCGAGUUGUGCGUAGUGGAGUUUUACAUUUACUUUUACGUCUGUAAAAUCACAUAGUUGUUUCAAUUUUGAUAAGCGGCUGACCCUUUUUUAACUGUACGAGAUGUCGCGCUACCGAGAAUGGGACCUGUCUUGCAAAGUUUAUGUGGGGAAUUUGGGUACAAACGCAUCGAAGUACGAGAUAGAGAAAGUUUUUUCCAAAUACGGGAGCAUAAGAAACGUGUGGGUAGCGCGCAAUCCCCCAGGAUUUGCGUUCGUGGAGUACGAAGAUCCGCGAGAUGCCGAAGAUUCAGUACGAGGUCUCGAUGGAACACGCUGCUGCGGCACUAGAAUCCGCGUCGAGAUGUCCAACGGACGCACCCGACGCGACAGAAGGUCACGCAGCCGCAGCCCCCGCCGGCGUUCGUACUCGCGCGGCCGCUCGCCGUCUCCGCGCCGCUCGCCAUCCGUGAGGCGCCGUUCGCCGUCCGUGCGCCGCUCGCGCUCGAGGGACAGACGCAGCCGGUCGGAAAGCAAGAACAGGGACUAGAUUGAACUCUGGAGGGAAAUGCAUGCUUGUCUAGGUGUAAUGUUAUAUUAAAUCGUCGGAUAUGGCAAGAGUAAAAGGGACAGAUAGUGACGCGAACGAAUGCGCAUGUGUGAGUGUUUGACAUGUAUGUAGUACAAUAAAUUUAAUUUCACGAAUCGGCGACAGUUACUUUCUGCCACGUGAUUUGACAUAAUUGAAGAUCAAUUGUAAAUCUACACAUAAUAUUGUAUAUCAGUUCACUAAAGGUAUUGUAAGACUAAAUAUGAAAUCGGUAUUACUUUAAUUCGGUUAGCUAAGGACACAAUAAAUAUAAGACGUAAUA